UUCAGCAUUCACUUCCCUCCAUUGCUUCAUCCUGCUCCUCCCUCCAUCGCUUUCUUGCUGUCUCAUCUUCGUGUCUGACAGAUCACACGUUCGGCUCAUUCUUCAGCCGAUUCGAUUCCAUCGAUGUCGUCCGCCCUCUCCUUACCGGCGACGGUGCGGCCGGCAUCCUCCGGGCCUGGGCGCCAGCUUUACGGGUCGCCGCCGCGCCGCGGUCCGGUGCUGCCACCGAGGAGGCCGCAGGCGGUGCCGUGCCACGGUCUGCUGGCGCUGCGACCGAGCACGAGGCGCUGCGCCGCUUUCGGGCAGGACCACCACUACGGGGGCGCGCUGGUGGACGAGGGCAUGGCGGUGCUCCGGCGGAGGAUCCGGGAGGCGCGGAUGGCGGAGACAAACUACGAGGCGCCGCCGGGGUGGGCGGACUGGGAGAAGCGCUACUACCCGGCCUACGUCUCCGACGUGUCCGUGCUCGCCGGAGCGCUGCAGCUGCUGGCCAUGGGCACCAGGCCUGGCGUCGCUGCGGCCGUAGUCGCCAUGCUGCUCGCCGGCGUGCCGGUCUCCGCUUUCGCAGUCCUGCACUUCCUCGGUCAGGCGGCGGGAUCCGUUAUGCACCAUGCUUCUUGAUUGAUUGAUUCAUUAUUCAUUUGUACGCAAUGUAUGCUCUCAGCUGUGUGUAUAGUCUAUACAUAGACAAUCCAACGGAGAUAUGUAAUUCUCUACUAGGUUUAUGAACCAAACUGACCAUCCGGCGUAAGUUUUGUGACCCUCGUUGUA